AAUCAAUUCCCAACUCCUCCCAGUCCCAACUCGUUACCUCUGCUUCAGUUCAAAGAACAGAAACAAAAGUUGAAGAAGAAGAGGAGGAAGAAGAAGCGGGAGAGAGCAAAAGCAAACACUUUUCUGCUCCCUCUCUCCCUCUCUUCAUCCAUAAACAGCCAUAAAAAUGGCAGUUUGCACAGCCUACACCUCUCCUUCCCAUCACCACUUCAUCUUCUCCACUCACAGACCCAACAGAAGAAUAAUAACAGGAAAAAUCUCAUGCUCUUCAGAAACCAACACAGUAGUAAUCGGCCUUGCUGCUGAUUCAGGCUGCGGAAAGAGCACUUUCAUGAGGAGACUCACCAGCGUUUUUGGAGGAGCAGCUGAGCCGCCAAAGGGAGGGAAUCCAGAUUCUAAUACCCUGAUAAGCAGCACUACCACUGUAAUUUGCCUUGAUGACUACCAUUCUUUGGAUAGAACAGGGAGGAAGGAGAAAGGGGUGACAGCUUUGGAUCCCAGAGCCAAUGAUUUUGAUCUUAUGUAUCAGCAAGUUAAGGAUUUGAAGGAAGGGAAAGCUGUGGAGAAACCUAUUUAUAAUCAUGUUAGUGGUCUGCUUGAUCCUCCUGAGCUUAUCAGGCCUCCCAAGAUCUUAGUUAUUGAAGGUUUGCAUCCAAUGUAUGAUGCUCGUGUGAGAGAACUAUUGGAUUUCAGUAUUUACUUGGAUAUUAGCAAUGAGGUCAAAUUUGCAUGGAAAAUUCAGAGAGACAUGGCAGAGCGUGGACAUAGCCUUGAAAGCAUUAAAGCAAGCAUUGAAGCUCGGAAACCAGAUUUUAAUGCUUAUAUUGAUCCACAAAAGCAAUACGCCGACUGCGUGAUUGAGGUCUUGCCAACCCAACUGAUCCCUGAUGACAAUGAAGGAAAGAUUCUGAGGGUGAAGUUGGUGAUGAAAGAAGGUGUUAAGCACUUCAGCCCAGUCUACCUCUUUGAUGAAGGCUCCACCGUUUCAUGGAUACCCUGUGGAAGAAAACUCACCUGCUCCUAUCCUGGCAUCAAGUUCUUCUAUGGACCUGACACCUACUUUGAUCAUGAGGUUUCAGUGCUUGAAAUGGAUGGCCAAUUUGAUAGAUUGGACGAGCUCAUUUAUGUUGAAAGUCAUCUCAGCAGUUUAUCGACCAAGUUUUAUGGAGAGGUAACGCAGCAAAUGCUGAAGCAUUCAGACUUUCCAGGAAGUAACAAUGGUACAGGUUUAUUUCAAACAAUCGUUGGUUUAAAGAUUAGAGAUUUAUUUGAGCAGGUUAUCACAGAGAAUUCUUCUGCUCCAGCUGUAUCUAAAGUUUGAAUUAGUACUCUCUUUUAGUUUCUAUGUUUUAUGGUCUUACAAUGAGAGGGGAGCGCAAAACUUGUUCAUAUUGAAUGUAACAGGUUUCUGUAAUAUUGCAGGGAACAUAAAUUCAGUGAUCUCUUGUUCUAAAGUGA